AUUGGAGAACAUUUUUUCAUAUUUAUACAUAAACUUAUAAUACUUUUCAGUGUCCAGCCUGAAUCCUUUUCUUGAAAUUCUUCUAAUUGCGAAAGAAUGGGCUCUUUAAUAUUGUCUGUAAACCAUUUCUCUAAAUCUGUUGACAUGUAUACUGUAGCACUCUCACUCGUAAAAUAUUUAAUAUCUGUCGUUUCUUCACCAUUUUUUUGCAUUGUAAAUUCUGAAAUAAAAUCCGAAUUGAUUUUCACCGCAUUAUAUUCUUCUAAACAUGCUUGUGUCUUAACUUUGAAGAGCUUCAGUGCAUCAUUAAAAAAACUCAAUAUGUCCACAUGCUUUAUGUUAACAACCACACCUGUCCUGAUUCGAUUUUGGAUUGAUUAGAUUAUGUUCAAAUUCUACUUGCACACACGAAAGAUGCGUCAAACAAGUUUGACAUUUCUGUUUUUCUCCUCUCGUGAGAUUGGAUUUAGAAUUUUUUUCGUUUAAUUCAUUAAUAGUAGAAUCACACAUAUCUAACCAAUAAUGAAUAUCAUUGACGCUCAUUUGAUCCACAUUUUGUACAGUAUCGCGAAGCACUUGUACAAGACGUUCGAUAAGAUCAAUCGAAGCCAUUUUUACUGUUUUCUUUUUCACUAGAGUGUCACUAGAGUGUCACUAGUAAUCUUGCACAAAGAUGAGACUAAAAAUUUUUUUUGCUGACUGCGUCAGAUGAACUGUGCUCGUCUAAGAGAAAUUUCUCUCUUUUAAAGCUGAAAUCAUCAUAAGAAGAGGUGGAAGAUCUCGCUGCUGAGGAGAGAGGAGAAAGAUUUUCUCGGGAAGGGAUGAAUUUUCUUCCAAUAAGGGAGAAGGGAUGAAUUUUCUUCCUUUUGAACCAACCAAAAAUCGUCUUUUCACCCCAACAAAUGAGGGCUAUGCAUUUGUUUUGAGCAUCCAUUCCUGGAAGAGUGAAAGGCGGAGUUUCACAUUAUAAAACGAGGAUGCUGGGACCUCGCGAGAUCACUUCUUGCUAAGCUGUCUACAAGCUGAAAAGAUGGAAAGAACACGUGACUACGAUUUGUUGUUUAAAAAUACUAUCUUGCAAUGUAAAGAAGAAAAUGCUUAUAUUUGCGACAUUCAAGGAUUUCAGAGAAUCGCAGAAGAUACUUUUAUUUUCAAAGAAAUAAGUUUCCUUAAUUUGAGGAAAACUGCCUUACCGACCGCAUAUCUUUUCAAACCUCCAAUGGCUUGGGAAGAACUGACAGAAGAGGAAAAAUGUAUGUCUCAAUGGUUGGAAAAGAGUCAUCAUGGAAUAGCGUGGAACUCAGGCGAUAUUCCGUAUCAUCGUCUUUAUCGAAUCUUGCAAAUCUGCACGCAAGGAGUAGAAAAAAUAUUCAUAAAGGGAGAACAGAAAGCCCGAUGGAUGAAAAAUAUUUUGCCAAACAUAUCCAUUUCAAAUGUUGAAGACUUCGGAUGUCCACCUCUUGAAGAAAUAAUAAGUGAAAACCAGUACUUUUGUUUCAACCAUGCUCUUUGCAUACGGAGAAAACCUAUGUGCGCCAUUCACAAUGUUAUAUCAAUACGAGCUUGGCUGUUAAAUUAUCUAGAAUCAUCAUUUGGCCAAGAUGAAAUUGAUAAUAUUUAAAAAAAAAAUAAUACA